CAUAGAACCAUUUUUAGGCCAAGAACGACUCUUGUUGCUCUGCUCAAUGAAUGCUUCCAAAAUUCCAUUGGUGUCUCACUCCCAAAAUCCCCCGGACGCUCUAAUGGCUCCGCCAUCGGAGAUCGAUUCUCAGCUUACCUCUAUCGUCUCCGCUUAAUAUCAAUUUUAGAUGUGUAGAAACUGGACUGCUUUGAUUUCUCACAAUUCCAGUAUGUGUAUACCAUCUCCUUUUUUUUGUGCAAGUAAAAGGUUUUGAAGACUAUUUUAGCAAAUAUUUGCAGACUUAAUUACCAUGUGCCAUUGAUGUGAUAUGAGGCAAGCAAGUUUCCGAAAUUGAGGGAGUUUUUUUCAUUCGUCAAACAACCUCUACUCUAUGGCUAGAUGCAAUCUGUGCACAUUUCACCAUCUCAGACUCUAAUCCUGAAUCUCUCGCAACAUGUGCACGGUGUACUGGAGAACAUGGUAAAAUUGAUAAAGGAAAUUGACCAGAACUCCACUGAAAUAGUGGAAGAUAUAGAAAAGUGCAAAAGCACUGCUCUUGAGAGGAAGAUAAGCUUAGAAGAACAGAAGGCACAAUUUCAGAAAGCCGCUUAUGCCGCUCUAAACAUGCUGAAUAAUGAAGAGAUCAACUGAUGCUGUACGUUUUUGCAACUCUUUUUUUAAUGCUUGUUACUCUGAUUGAUAGACUCCGGUUUCAUGCUGCUAGCACUAUAUGUUAGCUCUCACUUUCGUGGUCUCUCGGUUUAUUGUUCGCACCCCAAUAGAGCUUUUACACAUAAAAUAUAUUAGGGAGGAACACAAUGAAUUCUCCCAAAUUGUUGAAGGAAGAAAGAUUGGGCAACGGUGUCAAAUGGUGAAUACUGAUGAACAGUGAAUUGGUUUUUAUUGUACGAUUCAUAUGAUUUUUACUACCUCCAUCUCACUUCCUUUUCCUUCUUUACUGUUUUUGUAUGUUCCAUGAUCUUUGUCUCAUUAUGUUAUGAAAUACUCUGUCUUUAUGACUCCUUCGGUCCCAGAAAAAAUUUUCUGAUUCAGUUUAUGACUGAAUCUGUUUUAUUCAUGAGAAAAUUACUCAAAUAGGACCAAAACAUAUGAUGUUUCCCAAAAUAGGACCGGUCCUAUUGACUCAAACGUUUGGCCAUGCGAAUGGACAAAAAUGCCCUAUACGUACCGGUGCCAUCUUGAAUAGAGAAAAGACAAAAAUGAAGCCCCUAGUUUUCCGGUAUUGACAAUCCCAGCCGAUUUUCCAGGGGUCUUUCUUUGCCAUGUCUAUCAAGAGCUUUUCAAGAGACCAAAAGUCAUUAGGUAUAUUAAAUUAGGGUCCAAAUUAGCAUUUAUGACUCACAAAAAGACCAAAUUUCCAUAAAUAGUUCUUAAAAUUUGAAGACAGCGGGAAGGAACUGAUUUUUAUGGCACACAGAGAUGAAGAAGGCGACAAUGUCUAUGUGAAAGGGCCGCCAAAUGUCAACACCAACAUACUGGUGAAGGUUAACUCCAGGACUUAGUAUUUACAUGUAUUUAUUCGUUUGAUUUGAUUUCUCGAAACCAGAGUAAAGGGGGUGUGUGCUUCCCAAAACUGGAGUGGCUCAGUUUUGGUCUUUGCUUCACCCGAAGGUGCUUAGUGCUUCCCAAAACUGGAGGGUGAUGUUCUGGUUUAUCGUAGAAUCGGCGUUCUUCCAAAACGAAUUGGCUUUUGGACAAUUCUUGGACAUCGGAGAUAUGCAGAUUAUUGUUUCAGCCUUUCAGGGUUCUUGUUUCCAUUACAAGUUUGGGCUUUUGACACAAGUUGUCAUGUUGAACAAUGCAUAUAUUGGUAUAAUGUGUUAAUGAGUAAUCUUGGAAUUAUUUUUUCACCUUUGAAAACGUUUUAAGUGUGCACGAGUGCAUACUUAAGCAUU